UGCCGCUGACGAUUUGAUUUUCGUCCCUCUCGUUCUCGGUGUUGUUGUUCUCGGUGACGCGACGGAGGUGUAGCCUGACGCGGUCUCUUACGUGUCGGCCUGAAUAAAAGUGGAGCUCCGAGGGCCCGGGAGUGACCGAGGGAGUCUGUUUCGCUAAGUCGAUGACCAUGGAGUCGGGAGCAGAGGUUCAUCAGGGAGGAGACACGGCAGUAUCAGAGACAGAGAGCCAACAGAUCUCCCAGGCACAGAUAGCCACCCUGGCACAGGUUUCCAUGGCAGCAGGUCACGCCACAUCCAGCGGUCCUACGGUCACCCUGGUGCAGCUGCCCAACGGUCAGACGGUCCAGGUUCAUGGCGUCAUCCAGGCCGCUCAGCCCUCUGUCAUACAGUCACCACAGGUCCAGACUGUUCAGAUCUCCACCCUAGCAGAGAGUGAAGACUCUCAGGAGUCAGUGGACAGUGUGACUGACUCUCAGAAACGCAGAGAGAUCCUCUCACGACGCCCCUCAUAUAGGAAGAUCCUGAAUGACCUGUCAUCAGGUGACACCCCAGGGGUUCCCAGGAUCGAGGAAGAGAAGUCGGAGGAGGACACAGCGCCCGCCAUCACCACGGUUACCAUGCCCACAUCAUGCCCCAUCUACCAGACCAGCAGUGGCCAGUACAUCGCCAUCACCCAGGGCGGGGCAAUCCAGCUGGCCAAUAACGGAACAGACGGGAUCCAGGGACUGCAGACCCUGACUAUGACCAACGCUGCGGCCGCCCAGCAGGGCACCACCAUCCUGCAGUACGCUCAGACCUCGGACGGCCAGCAGAUCCUGGUGCCCAGCAACCAGGUGGUAGUGCAAGCUGCGUCGGGAGAUGUGCAGGCCUACCAGAUCCGUACGGCCCCCACUAGCACCAUCGCCCCAGGGGUGGUCAUGGCCUCCUCCCCUGCCCUGUCUGGCCAGGGGGGCCCAGAGGUAGAAGUUACCCGCAAGAGAGAGGUCAGACUCAUGAAGAACAGAGAGGCGGCCCGCGAGUGUCGCAGGAAGAAGAAGGAGUAUGUCAAGUGUCUUGAGAACCGCGUGGCCGUGCUGGAGAACCAGAACAAAACCCUCAUAGAGGAACUGAAAGCACUUAAAGACCUGUACUGCCAUAAAUCUGAGUAGCUUCAAAAUAACCCAUCCUAGCCCAACUGUCACUCCCUAUUCAGCGGGCAUCAGACUGCCCACUGACCUGUACAGAGACUCUGCCAAGCAUUGGCCUACGGGCAUGACCCAUGACAUCUGAAGCAAGAGGAUGUGAGAGAGAAGACAGAAUGAAAAUGGAUUGAUGGACGGGAGAUCAGUGAUGGACAGUGCUUUGUGGGAAUUGUAGUAAACACGACCACUUUGGCCCAUACGUCCCCCAAUCUCCCAUCCACCAAUCCAUUUUCACCCUGUCUUCUCUCUCACAUCCUCUUGCUUCCACUCCUUCUUCUCCCGCUCACUUGUUAUCCACCUUUUCAUCUUUCUUUGCCUCUCCCAACUUCUCUCAAUAUUAUCCCACCACGGAACUGAAAGGAUGAGGAUUCAUUCGUCAGUUGUGGUUCCAGGGAUAACGUGGUGAAACACAACACUAACUCUUUUACCCUAUUCAAGCUUCUUGUUUGGGGUUUGACUACUGGGAAGAGAAGUCACAGACUUCUGACAUAGUCAUUUUUUAUUAACCCAAAGCCUCUUAUGUCUUCACUAACAAAGGUUAGCCAAUCAAACAAGAGGGUUAGCGUCUGAAUGUCCAAUCAGCUCAAGAGGAAGUCAAGACAAGGAAGUCAAGGUAGCCUCCAGAACCCUGGCAUUGGAGUCAGUUAAGACAUUGUAGAUUUCCCAGGGUCCGGUUUCCCAAAAGCAUUUUAAGGCUAAGUUCAUCGUUAGAACCUUUGUAGGAGCCUCGUUAAAUCUCGUUAUUAACAUUGCACUUGAAAGCGCUCGUAAUCUAACGCAUGCUUCAGACCACUCGUAGAACAGCAGUGCGUCGUUAGAUGCUUUUUUGCCCUCUUUUAUAUACAGAAGAUCUCUGCUAAACAUCACAUGGUUUAUCCGUCUCUGUGACCGCCGAUAACUUCAGAACAAAGUUGACUACAAAUGCAAAGUUGACAAUGUCUUUGUAAUUGAUACAAACAAGCAACGUCUAAAAAUAUGCUUCAAAUGAAAACAGAGAUGACUGCAUUUAAAUAUAAACAGUAGGAUAUAGGCCUAUUUCAGUCCUAUUGAAAUACAUACCAUGUUCAAUCAAUUGAGUUCUAUUUUGCUACUAGGCUACUGUUUGUAAUUUGUCUCAAUAUAUUUAAUGAUGUGUAGCCUAACGUGCUCAAUGAUGUGCCAAAUCUUUGAUUUAGUGGGUAAGCAUUAGACUAAAGGCGCCUCAAUAUUUGCAUCCAUAGGUGGUAAUAUCCAUAGCCGCGGGAAGUAAGGGUGCUGAAUCACCCCCUGAUAUAUCACAAUAAACCAAAUUAGUCCACUAGGCCUUUGAAUAAACCAAAUUGGUGCACUAGGCCUUUAUUACCCCUGUAUGAGCGGAGAAAAAUACUCAACAGCAGAGCGGGGAAAUACCCCCCAACUCCCCCGUCGACAAAACAUUUCAGCACCCCCACCCCAAAACAACUUCCUGCGGCCAUGGUAAUAUCACUCUAGGAGCUGAUCUGUCGUCAGUAUUGUGAAAUAAUUAUAAUGUUGAGGAAAGUUCCCUUUCUUUCAAUCCUAUCAGUAUCGACACAUGAUCAAACGACGCUCUUGGCGAGCGUUCUCUCUGUGUGGUUUUGGGAAACGCAUGUUACAUCUUCGGGAAAGAUACAUUGUUAAAACACGCCUAAAUUCCAUCGCUAUCAGGAAACCGGGCCCUGCUUAGUAGAUCAUAUGAGAUCAGAUUAUGUUAUUUUCUAGAUCUCAGUGCUUAGGUUAAACCUCCAUAAUCAGUAUAACCCAUCAACUCGGAUUCAUCUUCCAUUUCAAGUGUCUUGGGUAUUUUCUUUAUUUCGUUACAUUUUGAUAUCUGAGAUUUGAGCUACUUUUGUUACGCUCUAAAGAUUUGGGCUGUUGCUAGGUGGUGGUGGAAUAUGGAUCCCAUAUAACUACUGAAGAAAACAGAUUCAUGUCUGAAUACAGGGGAAAGUUGUCAGUACACACCACAUAGCCCUCUAUGGGUUAAUGGCAAUUAUCUGAGAUUAAAUUCACCCAAGUAAAUCUUGUUGGAAUAGAUACAUUUGUAAUCUCCGGCAUACACAUAUUUAUGGUGAGUGUACUACUGUACAUACAUUCAGUACAUACACUACCGUUCAAAAGUUUGGGGUCACUUAGAAAUGUCCUUGUUUUUAAAAUCAAAGCACAUUUUUGGGGCCAUUAAAAG